AUGCUGACAGCUUCUGCUUUAUCUCUAUUCUCAAAAACGUGGAUUGAAGUUUCGGGAUCAUGUGCUAGAGAUGUGGCGAAGCAACUUAAGGAGCAACAAAUAGUCAUGUUGCUGAGAUAUAAUUUUGGAUCAAACACAGCAGGUUCUUUCAGCGUAAUGCUUCGCUUAGGAUUUGGACAACCUAUCAAAGUUAAUUGGGCAUAUGUCACUAUACAAAGGGAGGACACAUCAGGUCAUUAUAACAUAUUUGUUGGUGAUCUUAGCCCUGAGGUUACUGAUGCUAUGUUGUAUGCACGCUUCUCUGUCUAUUCUAAUUGUUCGUGA